AUGCGACCAGGUCGCCGCCUUCGGCGGCGCGGGCGACGCCGCCGACGCCAAGGUGGUGAGGUGGCGGAACCAGGCACUGACAGAGCUUGGCGAGAUCGUGUCGGACCACGUCAAAGGCGGCUUAAAAGGCGAGCGGGUGACCCUGGCUCUCGUCAGCGUUCUGUGCCAGUUGCCCCUCUCGUGGCGGAGGUGCAGCGAGAGGCUGGCCAAGAUGGCCAUACCGCUCAUAGAGGAGGAGAAGGACCUCUCGAAGGUGAUACCGCUCCUCCGGGUCGCCAUAGCCGCCAUGCCCUCCGCCACGCCGCUGGCCCAGCCCCUGGCGGAGGUCGCGAGGAAGAUGUGCCGGAAGGCCGAGGCGGGGGAGGUGGCCGAGGUCUUGGACCUCCUGGUGAGUGGCGGCUUGUUCGCCGCCGCCGCAAGGACGUACCGAGAACCCUGGAGCGCGUGCUGAAGUCGGCGCCGUUCCCCCUCGUGGCCUCCACCGUCGCGGGGCUCGGCGAGAGGGGCGCCGAGGGCGAGGAGAUGCGCGAGUGCGCGGCGUUCGUGGGCCGGUCUCCUGCCCCGCUCGAGGCGCUGCCAGCGCCCCUGCUGCUGCGGCUGACGGUGGCGGCCACGAAGUCUGGGGCCGUGGCGGAGGGCGCCCUGGAUGCCGUCGCCUCGGCGGCGGCCCUGACGUUGCCAGGGUGGAACAUGGACGACGUGUCCAAGCUGCUGCUGGCCGUGGCGAAGGCGAGGCCGCGCCGGGGCGCCCAGGGCAGCAGGGACGGCGUGGCCGAGCUCUACAGGCGGUCGCACGAGGUCCUGCCGGUGAAGUUGUCGGAGUUCUCCAGCGUCCAGCUGAUCAAGGUGCUGCUCGCCAUCGGGCAGGCGGCGGAGUGCCGACCGCUGAUGGAGGCCGUCGCGCUGCACGCGGCCGAGACGCGGCUGGGGCCCGAGCUGCCGGCGCAGCAGGUGCAGCUGCUGACGCAGGGGCUCGUGCCGCUGGGCGGAGGGCACGCCGCGGUGGUGAAGGCCCUGGACUUCUGGGCCGCCCAACUGAACGAGGCAACCCGGGCGGAGAACCUUCUGACCGAGAGCAUGGGCGAUGACAUGGUGAAGCAGCGGCGGAAGGACCUGGAGGCCAAGGGCCAGCUCAACGCGGACCAGCUCGCCAAGCUGGCCAACACCCUGGCCCCCCACGCAGCCAAGCAUCAGGAUCUGGUUCUGGCAAGCGCUCACCAAGCGGUUUGCGGGGCACGAUCUGUCCGAGGGCAUCGCGGGAGAUCUCACGCCCGCGGGCAAGGCCGCGAUAGAGGGGUGCUUCCCUGGUGGCUCCGGCCCUGA